UUACCGAUCAAAUCGGUCCAUUUUGAAUCUGGCUGCAAAUGUCAUUGCUAGUGCAACAAGGCAAACUCUGUUCUUCGAUUUUGAAAAUGAAUUAAGGAUACACAGUUUUGGCCUUAUUUAAUCAGAAGUUGGAUAUUAUUAAUAGCGAAUACCAGAACUCUACCUCUACGAAGGUUAUGAUUAGCUUUGUUGGCCAUGUUGGGUUUAACUCCCAACACAUUGGUGAACUAGCGCCAUUUAGCCAGUUCACGUUAGCUGCUGCUAGCUAGCUGAAUUAGUAACCCUACAUUUACUACACAUAAUAAAUGUCUUUAAAAUAAAUUGUAGGCAAAUCUGAUGAUACUUGGGCUGCCUGUGGAUUCGGCUAAUGAAUUUUAUUGGCAGUUUUGGGGAAAGCAUAAUCACUGGAUACAUGCUGGACGUUACCGAGAACAAGUUGUUUUACUUGGUUCUUUUUAUUAGGUGAAUGCCAUUUAUUUCCCCCCCUUUUUUUUUCUUAAAAAAAAAAAGUUACUUGAUUUAGGUUUUUUUUUUUUUUUUUUAAUCGCCCAUUGGCCUGUCGGUCUUCUGAUAUAUUUAGCCUUAUUAUCCUCAUGGAUCUAAAUUUUUACUCGGAUCUCUCUGACGGGACUGGCCAACAUGUUGAAUCCGAGUUCACGGACAGCUCGUCUUACAAUGCAUAUGAAUCUGUGAACAAGUUUGCAGGUGGCAAUGAUUCAUACCUGACCAUCAGUGGGUCUGGUCAUCAUUUUCUUUCAUCUGAGCAAACGUUCCACACACCUAGUCUGGGCGAUGAAGAGUUUGAAAUCCCACCCAUCUCUUUGGAUUCAGAUUCAGCCCUCACCAUAGAAGAUGUUGAGGCCCAUUUUGGAGAGCUGGCCGAACAGGCUGGGAGCUCAAGGGGGCCUGGAGUUGGAAAUAGUCUAGCCAGUAAUGUUGUGGUGGGUGGAAACGAUCCCUCUUUUGCCUCUACUUUUAUGAAUCCAUCAUCACAGGGCAUAGAGCACCUGAGUUUGGGUGUGAUUAACCAAGUGGGGGGAAGUACGCUGUUGAGCUCAACUCUGGGUGUGGAUCUCGGCCAUUCUGUUGGCUCACAUUUCAAUAGUUCCACUUCCAUGACUAUUGAUGUUCCAAUAAAUGACAUGAACCACAGUCUCUUAGGACACAACCAGCUCACCACCAUAGACCAUUCAGAUCUAAGUGCUCAAUUAGGGCUCAGCCUCGGUGGUGGAGCCAGUGUGUCAAAGUCACCUGACCAACCUCUGUCAGCCACACCAUCCCCUGCUGGUUCAUUGCAAGAUGAAGACAUGGAAGACUUCAGACAAGUGAGUCUCAUCUCUGUUAUUAAGAGCUUGUUUAAUCAUGAAUCUUGUAACCUCUCCUCAUUUAUGUUUCAGAAAACUAUGCUGGUAGACUCUUUCUCAGCCUCUCCUGCGAUCAUAUCGCACCUCCCUAAUUUGACGGGAUCCGCCCAGCUCUCCUCCGCUUCUCCAGCUGUGGUGAGGAGGGUGGGUGCUAAGCCAGCCAUGGUGGCGGGUACAACAGCAGACACUGGGGUGGCGAUUGGAGCCAAGAAAGGGAAGAAGAAAAAAGAUCCCAAUGAACCACAGAAACCAGUGUCAGCCUAUGCUCUGUUCUUCAGAGAUACCCAGGCAGCCAUUAAAGGCCAGAACCCCAAUGCCACGUUUGGAGAGGUUUCGAAGAUUGUGGCCUCCAUGUGGGACAGCCUUGGGGAUGAGCAAAAACAGGUUUACAAGAGGAAAACAGAGGCAGCUAAGAAAGAGUAUCUGAAAGCUUUGGCAACCUACAGAGCAAAUCAGCUCUCAAAACUUUCUCCUGAGGUGGAGGAUACAGCUCCUUCCACUCCUCCAUCUGCCCCCAGUCCUGCUCCUGCUGCCCCUGUCCGCCCUGCACGGCUUGCCCCCAACCCUGAUCAGAACACCAUUACCAACAUCUGCACGUCCAAUAUUAUCCUCGACCUGCCUCAAGUCACCACUCGUUCACGCACAGGGUCUUUACCCGUGGCCAUUGGCCAACCCCCAACCCCUAACCCCAGCCCAGCUACCACUGUCACGAAAAUCAUCAUCUCCAAACAGAUGCUACAGGGAGGUGCUCAGCUCCAUCAGAUCCCUACUUCCAUGGUGACAGUGAUCCCUGCUGGAAUUCGAGCUGUGCAGCCGUCUGCUGGUGCUGCAACGUCUGCUGGACGGCAGCCUCCACCACUGCUGCAGAUGCAGGGCACCCCUCCCCCCCCACGUCUGCAGCAGAUGGUACAAACUCAAGCCCCGCCCCCUCUUCAGGCCAAGCCCCGUGGAGGGGCAGGAAGUUCCGUGGCUGGCACCGCUAUGCCGCCUCCGCCUCUCCAGAUAAAGAUUGUGCCCGCUUCUUUACACUCUGACUUGUCCACACCAAUUAUUGUUACUACAGCAACAAGUGCCAACUCUGUUAUCUCAUCGUCCACCAUCUCUGCCUCGGGGCAUCCCACUCCUGUUGAGGUGCAGGUGGAAAAACCCAGUGAGCAAUUUGUGACAGACGAGAAUGAGGCUGUGAUGGAGGAACUUGCCUCAGAAGAGAUGGAGAUGGAGGUAAGUGUUGCUCCUGCGGUCUCGUCUUCUGCUCCUAAUCUCUGCGUCCGUGCAGGAUGCACAAACCCGGCUGUGGAUAGUCGAGACUGGGAUAAGGAAUAUUGUAGCAAUGAGUGUGUGGCCACACACUGCAGGGAUAUUUUCAUGGCCUGGUGUUCAAUCAAGAGCCAGAACUCAACCACUGUCAAAUAAUGAAAUCCUCCUGGUUCUCUGUCUUGACAUGCCUGGAUGUGUCUUUUAUUAGUUAAAGGGAUAGUUCUCACACACACACACACACACACACACACACAAAAAACUGUCAUCAACUUCUUACUCAUGUUUUUCCAAAGCUAAAUGAUUGACUCUCAUACAUGGAACACAAAAGAAGAUAAUAGCUAAAUAUUAGCCUCUGUCACCAUUCACAUUCAUUGUACAGAAAAAAGAUGAAAGUGAAUGGUGACUGAGAUAUACUGCCAAACAUCUUUUGCGUUUCAUGGAAGCAAUACAUAUGGGUUUGGAACAACAUGAAGGUGAUAAGUGAUGACAGAAUUUUUGGCUGAAGUGUCCUGUUAACAACAUAGUUUUACUGGAUUUAUGAGUCAAUAUUAGGUGUUUUGUAAUGAAUAUCUACAGCAAGAAGCUAAUGAACAGUGAAAAAUCAAAGAACAUCACUUAUUGUUGUAAAUGGACAGAAAUUGUUUUUGUUAUACCAUAUGAAUUAGUAAUCCAAGGCUUGUUUUGGUUAAAGGUAUGGUGGCAUACUUUGCAAACCUCACACUUUAACUGCAGUGUUUGUUUUCUCUAUUGAAAUGAUCAGAGUAUGACAUGCAGUGACCAUUGUAUUUGUAUUUUAUUUUGAACCUUGUAUUUUUCACUCAGUUUUUGGUCCAGUGGAUUAUUUGUCAUUAUGUAUGUUACUGGAAUUUGUGUUAAAUAGAGAGAAAUCUUGAGUGUUGUAACAUUUUCAAAUGCAGUAAUUUUGAUGAUUAUGAUAAAGAUUUGAGAUGUAGAGAAAUAGUGAACCUCAAACUGUUUUAUUAUAUUUUGUAUGUUAAAUAUAAUUUCUCAUGUCAUAUUGAGAGUGUCUUAGAUCACUGUGCUGAAGUGCUCUCAUGUUGGGGGGGGGAAUAGGGAGAUAGACAAAUAUUUUGCUGAGUUGUUUUUUAAUGAUGUUAUAAAAUUACUCAAGUACUAAAUAAAGGGCAGCCAAAGUGGA